UCGAGUCUAACGAAGCUUUAAACGACGAGUUGGAGAAGGAACGGCGAUGGUUAAGCCGGAGCAUGACGGCUCGGUCAAUUAUUAUGAGUGUUUACAGGUUUUACCUACAGCAAGUGCAGAUGAUAUUCGACAACAAUAUCGGAAAUUGGCACUUCUUUAUCAUCCGGACAGGAAUCUAGGGAAUGAGGCGGAGUUUAAGCGAAAGUUUCAGUCGUUAAAUAUGGCAUAUGAGGUACUUUCGGAUGCAGAAAAGAAAAAGUCGUAUGAUCGGGCACGUUUGAUAGUGCUUUCUAGUAAAGUUACGCCGAAUAGGAGGGAAUCAUCGUGUGGAAUGAAAUCACCAUUUCGAUCAUCGUUUACGCCAUCAUUUGUACCAAAAACACCGACACAUAAUAGAUCACCGGGAUCCCCUCAUUCAUCUAAGUCAUCGCCGAGUUCUAAGUCUAAAUAUACGAGUCAAUCUAAAAGAAGUGAAGAUAUAUAUGCAGGAUAUGAAAAUUGGUUUAGUAAAUCAACGAGUGCAUAUUCUUUUUUUUAUGAAAGAAAUUCGCCAAAAUUUAAUCCACGAAAGCCAUCGUAUACAUCGCCAUAUAGUUCACCAAUAUCGAAAAAACAAGAUGAGGAAAAAGGUUUUACAAAAGUGAAUGAUGAUGCUAGAAAAGCAGCAGCAUCAAAAUAUGCAGAAGCAAGGAUGCAAUCUGAGAAAGAGAAUUUGAAAGAUAUUUUUAAGAAAAACAUGCAAACAUCAGAUGAAAAAGCAUCAACUAAACAUACAUUUUUUGAUAUUAAAUCGAAAGCAGAGCAUAAUGAUGGAGUACGUUUACAGUCACGAGGUGAUAAUACAUUAAAUCAUCAAAAUAUUUUUGCAAAAGAGAAAAUUCCCCUUGAAAAAGCAUCUGAAUUAUUUUCUUUUUCCUUUAAUAAGAAAAAGGAAUCGGAAAAUAUCCGACCUGUAGAACAACCAAUUGUAUUUGAAAAAUUCUCGAACACUAAACUGAAUGAAUCCAGUUUUUCCUUUUCAUCAAUACCGACUGAUUUGAAGUUUGGAACGCAAACAACUUAUGUAAAUGAAAAUUUCCAAUCGAACGAUGGUAAAGAAACUCGAUUUAACUCGCUUAAAGGUACAUUGAAACAAAACAAAAAGAGAAAUACAAUUAGAUCACUUCGACAUUUAUCUUCACAAAUGGAAACAGGAUUUAAUCCUGUGUUUUCUACAAAAAUACCUGAUAACUGGUGUUCUGAUAAGGAAACUUUUAAAAAGAAUGAUUCUACAAAGGAAAAUAGGGAAGAUUUGGACUUGAAAAAAAAGAAUUCUAAUCUUUCCGAUAAUAAUUUAGGGAAAAAUCCUUUAUCAUCCUCUUCUAGAAUUUCAUUUACUAUAAAGAAACCGUCCUCUUUAAAAACAGAGAAUCCUUUUGCAUUUGAUUCAUCAUCAAAAGAAAUCAAAAAAAACGUUUUGUUAGACGAUAUUUCUGAAACUUCCAAAAACAUUGCUGGUACUUUUGAGGAUAGAUAUAAUGAAAAGUAUGGUAAAACGACUGAAAAUAAAUUUAAACAUAUUUCCCAAAAAAGUGUGGAAAUUAACUCUAGUGAUUCAGAUUUAUUAUCAGAAAGGGUUAAAAAAGAACUCGAAUCAUAUCGUAAUUUUAAAAUUUCUUAUGAAGCGGAAAAAGCAAAUAAAAAUAUUAAUAAAUCAUCGAUCAAUGAAUCUCAUGUAUCAGAACAAUUUCAAGGCUUAACAUUAUCUGCAUCAAAAUCAUCUGAAAAUAAUCAAAAAUAUGCAUCUGUUGAAACAUCUAAAAGUUCUUCAUUUAUUGAAUUUUCACGAUUUCAGGUAAAAACAGAAAAACAUGUUCAAAAUUUACAGAAUACAAAUGAUGAUUUAAAUAUUCCUACAAACAUGAAAAAAAAGGGUAAAUUUUUAAAUAUUCCCGAAUUUCCGGAUCCUGUUAUUCCAUUGUUGUCUCCAUCUAUUCCCAAUUGUCUCACUGCUUCUUCUUUUUCGAUUUAUCUUAAAGAAAUGAUCAAAUAUCAACAAAUAUGGCUGGCCUGCUCUUCUACAUAUUUGAAUUUUUUUCAAAAAUGGGAGAAAUAUAAAGAAUCAUGUCAUAGAUAUGACCUUUUAAAAGAUACUGAUAUUUACGAGGCAUUUAUUAUGGCUACUGAAAAGGAAGAAAAAAUUAGAGAAGGUUGGUGGUCAGAAGAAAAAAGAUAUCGACAAGCAUUAAAAGAUUUUUUACAUAUUAAAAAAACCUAUGAAUAUGGUCAAAAGUUUCCAUUUGGACCUAUAUAAUUUUUAUCAAACAUUAAUUAACAUGGCUUUAUGGUUUUUGUA